AUGUUCCACGAGACCUACUCCAACAAUAUAGAGCUACAACAGACGCUCGCCAUCUUCUACUCCGAUAUUCUGAAGUUUCUCAAAGAGGCGUACAAGUUUGUAAGCAGGAGCGGAUGGAAAGUGUUCUUCAUGACCUCCUGGGGUCGCUUCCAGAGACGGUUCGACGGCAUCAUCGACGACCUGAGAGCUCAUGAAAAGCUCGUUGAUCAGACCGCCAACGCAGUGGGCCACUCUAAAAUGAAGAAAAUGCGGGAGGAUGUGACUGCGUUGCGACAGCAGCAGCUUGAAAGGGCCCCCAAUACGUAG